AUGGGCGCUUCCUCUCGGGGACGUUAAUGGGUCUGAAACACAACUAGGGAGGAAAGGCGGCGGGGAGGGAAGUGAGAAAAAAAGGCAGGUGAAAAGGUCUGAGGGGCCCACUGGGCGUUGAGAAGAAAGAGAAGACUAGGAGAAGUUGCGUAAGACACAGGGGCAGUGCCAUGUAAUGUCUAGGGCACCAGAGCUUUGGAUUGCAUCGUGGGGUUUGUCACAGGAGCACUUCCGGCCUCUUGGGGCAGCCCUGUGGAGUGCGCUGGGACCUAGGUUCUGACAGAAAAACGGACUUGUUUUUGCAGAGGCACAGUUACCUAGCUCUAGAAGUUUUCAUUUCAUCGAUAUGCACAUUCUGUUACUCUGGGAGAGCAGAGAAGAGGUGUAGAAGGAAAAGGGAAGAGAAAAAGGGGAAGGGAAAAGAGAGCGGCUUUCACGUUGGCUUCUCUUUUCGAACUUCUCAAGGCAAACCCUUGCCUCCAGAAUAUGAUGGCGAGUCAAGUUGUAAAACCUGAUACUAGAAAUUGCAAGAGACCAAGAGAGCUGGAGCCUCAAAUGCCAGAUAGUCCACAUCUGUCCUCUCUUGGAAAAUCAGAUUCCUCUUUGUCUGAAAGCUCUGGACUAUUUUAUAAAGAUGAAUCCCUGGAGAAAGAUUUGAAUGACAUGAGCAAAGAAAUUAAUCUAAUGUUGUCUGCAUAUGCAAAGAUCUUAAGGCAAAGAGCAGCCGUAGAUGCAUCUUAUAUUGACGAGAUAGAUGGACUCUUCAAAGAAGCCAAUACUAUUGAAAACUUUCUAGUACAAAAAAGAGAGCUCCUGAGACAGAGGUUUACAGUGAUUGCAAACACACUGCACAGAUAAAAUUUGUACUUAAAAUAAGCUGAGAAUUUAAGCCCAUUAUUGUUGUAUUAAGAGAAUGACAUUUAUGCUCUGACACCUCUCUAGUUACUAAAGAAACUGUGUACCUUAAACAUAGAAGGGGAAACUGCUUGAAUUUCUUUUCUAGAUUUAAAAGGGGCUUUAUGCUGGACAAUAUGAAGUAUGUACCUUUUUUUUUGAGGCUUAAAUAUUUGGCAUAUUUCAUAAAAGUGUAAAUUAUUUAAAUUAUAUAUAGGUUCUUUUUUUUCCCCUUAAACCUCCUAGCAUUUCUUAAAUUUCUAAAAGAGGACUCAAUGUGUUAAUUUGGUAAUAUGUAACAAUAUUGCACUUUUUCUUUGCAGUACUCUAAGUAGCAAAUAGGUAGCUAUGGAGAUAGUUUUAAAAUGUUUUUCAUGGUCAGCAUCAUAAAAAAUACGAAACCUAAAGAUGAUUUGUCCAGUGUCACAAUAUGUAGUAAGAUAUAGCUAAGCUAUUGCUAUUUAAUGUUACCAUUUGAUUAUUUUCUCUAUUAGUUACAAUAUAUGGCUAAUAAAAAUUCUUGGUUUAAAAUUAUUUUCUUGUGGUAAAAGUGAUAAAAUAAAAACCAGAAAUUACUAAUCAGAA